AUGUCUCGUGAAGUUAUGGUUGAAGACGGCGGAGCCCUCAUCGGCAACACUCCGCUGUUCAAGCUCAACAAGAUCGGAAAGGGACUUGACGCCUCGAUCGCGGUAAAGGUUGAAUACAUGAAUCCGGCAUGCUCGGUGAAGGAUCGUAUCGCCUACAACAUGAUCGACACGGCCGAGAAAGCCGGAUUGAUCACUCCAGGAAAAACGGUGCUCAUUGAGCCGACUAGCGGAAAUAUGGGAAUUGCUUUGGCGUAUUGCGGAAAACUUCGCGGAUAUAAGGUGAUUCUUACGAUGCCGGCCUCGAUGAGUAUCGAGCGUCGCAGUCUUCUCAAGGCCUAUGGCGCUGAAGUCAUUCUCACCGAUCCGGCGACGGCCGUCAAAGGCGCCGUCGAUCGCGCUUUGGAAUUGAAGGCGGCAAUUCCAAACGCCUACAUUCUCAAUCAAUUCGCGAAUCCCGCCAAUCCGGAGGCGCAUUACAAGACGACGGGUCCCGAAAUUUGGCGACAGACUCAAGGAAAAGUCGACAUCGUCUGCUUCGGCGUCGGCUCCGGCGGCACGUGCACCGGCGUCGGACGAUUCUUGAAGGAGAAGAACCCCAACAUUCAAGUGUAUCCCGUCGAGCCGUUCGAGUCGUCGGUGAUCAACGGCCUUCCGCAUAGUCCGCACAAAAUCCAGGGAAUGGGAACCGGCAUGAUUCCGGAGACACUCGAUCUCACAUUGUUCACCGAAGCACUCCGCGUUCAUUCGGACGACGCCAUCGCGAUGGCGAGACGCCUCGCGCAAGAGGAAUCGAUUCUCGGCGGAAUCUCGUCGGGAGCCAACGUGUGCGCCGCCGUCCAAUUGGCGAAGCGUCCAGAGAACAAGGGCAAACUCAUUGUCACCACCGUCAACAGCUUCGGCGAAAGAUAUCUUUCUACUGUUUUGUACAAUGAUAUUCGCGAGGAAGCCGCCAACAUGAAGCAAUUGUCCAAGGAUGAAUCCAUCGCCAAGGCUAAGAAAUAUCUCGGAAUCUAA